GUCCUGCUCAAAAUUGAACGUGAAGUUGAACUUGAAGUUGUAGCGCGCUUCAAUAUUGACAUCCAAUGAAGGGCCUUCCAAUCUGGAACACGUACAUAUUAGUCGUCUCCAAUAUCAUAUUGAAAGUGUUUAUAAGAUCCCAUUUGUCGAACAGGAUGAUAGCAAAUUUGAGCUUCAUGCCCUGAUGACUGAACCAAACGCUCCGGAAUGAAGCAAGUUGGGCCCCCUUAUCAGCAGCACCCCGACGUGGGCGCAGGGUCCAUUGCCCAACCAGCAUGUAAUGAGGAUCAGAGCAGCUUCAGAGGUGCUCAGUUUGCUUAUCUCCCCCACUUCGUUCCGUCAAAUCCUUAUCCAAAUUCGCAAGUGGGCAACGAAGGGACUGCAUACCGCCCAGACGGGCUUCACAGUCAGCCAUCGCAAUGGGGCAAGCGGGCGCUGCCACCUGGCGCCAUAGGAGCUCCAGGAUUGGCGCCCCGUUACGGCGCUCCUCAGCUGGCAGGGAAUGGCUGGGCCAAUGAUGGGCAUGGGUGGAACGGGGCAUCGAUCUCAGGUGCUGAUGUCAGCGGGCAUCAGCCUUCCUGGGGGUUUCGUGAUCACCAACCUCAGAAUGCGGGGCUGUCUGAGCCCAGGUUUGGUUAUGGGUUUGUUUCUGGGUCAGUGCGUGACAAGAUCAAACUGGAGCCGAAAGCAGAGCCUGAGUUUGUGUCCAGUCGAAAUGGGGGGUCAGCAAACUGCUCUUCUGUGAGGGGGGAAGUACCCUCUGAUGUAAAGCAAGUGCAAGGGGACUUCAACACUGGGGCCUCGGACCGAAAGACUGGUUCCCAGUUCCAGUCAGAUUGGCGGGAGAAGGGGGAUUUCCAGAAUGAAACGAAAUCUCCAAAGUCUGAAACUCUUGGAGCGCAAGACCUGCCAAAUAGCAGCUACAACAGAACUUAUGCCCCCCACUUCAGGCAGGGGAACAAGUCAACCGGAGGGCUUGGUGUGAAUGGGGACACCAAGGGCAAUCACGAUAUGUUCAUUACUAGUGCGAACAGGGACAAGAAGCUCGACCCUGCUCGUGUCAGCAAUAGGGCGCUCGUUGUUUCUGCCCAAAAUCGGGAUAUUGCUGAAAGAGCUGCCUCUGACGAGGAGAUGGAUCUAGACUUUUCUGGGGGGGCUUCAGGCAGUGAUGAUGAGGGGGGUUCCAAAGAGAGCUUCAACAUAGCAGUGAAAUCAUGGAAAGACAAAGCGCUAACAGCGGGAGGGGGAAGCAAAAACCUGGUGGAAUCGAGGAGGGAUCUCCCCUGCCUCGUUUGCAGAAAGUUUUCCAACACCGUGCAAGUCUACCAGGACUUCCGGGCCUUACUGCAACACGCUGAGACGCACAGAAAGUUGGAGCCAUUCCAACACGCUGCUUACAGUGCGGCGCUGAGGCAGAUCGAAUCAGAAGCGGAAGGGAAUGGGAACGAGUUGGUCCCGGCGAAGAAGAAACUGAAGGUGCUGGAACCCCCUGAAAAGGUCUGGCCGCCAGUUGUUGUGGUAGAGAAUCUGAGGACGGGGACUAAAGGGGGAAAGUGGGACGGGGUAUCCGAACGGGAGAUUAAGAAGGCGUUUGGAGACCAGGGGCCAAUUCGAAAAGUGACGGAAAAGUGGAGGGGCGAUGGGCACACAGGCGUGGUUCUUCUUCACUUCGAGGAGACCUGUUACGGUUACGAUCGAGCGCAGGAGAUGGGCGAAUGCUGGCGCGCGAAAGGGCAGGGGCGCGACGACUGGGAGAAGCUUCGACCUCCUCGGAAAAGAUACGGCGAGUCGGUCGAAUCGGAGCAUGCCACGUGGCAACGAUACAUGCGAAGACUGGUGGAGGAGGACGGGAGCCGGCGGCUGUUCUGUUACCUUGCGACGGUGGCAGAUAUGGAGCGCUUUGAAGGGAAGGAGAAGGGGAAAAGGUGGCAGCCCAUCUCCGGCGAGGAACUAGAGGCGCGGCGAAAACGGGAGAAGAGCGCCGUACUGGAGGGCAAUUUGGAGCACGCCAAGACGCGGCUGGCGAAUCAAGAGCUGAAGCAGCGGAACGCGGAACUGACCAGCGCGAUGCAGGAGAAGGAGGUGGAGCUGCAGGCGGUGCGCAUGGAGCGCGCACACCUCAACGAGCAGCACGAGCAAUGGGUGCGCGAGCGGCUGGCGCGCAGCGAGCAAGUGCACUUGGAGGAAAAGCGCGCGGCGCAAAAGCGGGCCGACGAAGAGAAAGCGGCGCUUGAGGCACGACUCGAGGAGAUGCACCGGGCCAGAAGGGAGGACCACAAAGCGAUGGCGGAGCUGAAAAGUGGAGCUGAAUCCCGGGAACGUCAGCUGCGGCACGUGUUUGAGACGGGGCUCAAAGCGAUCGACGCGGAGUACAACGACAAGGAGAAGGUGCUCGUGACGCGCACCGAGGAGCAUCUGCGGCAGGAGCGCGAGCGGCUGCAGGCGGAGAAGGAGGCUGCGACCCGUAACCUGCUCGCAGAACAGCGGGAGAAGAUGGAGGAGAUUGAGCGCGAGCGCGCGCGCGCACAAGAGAUGAUGGAGGAGGCCAAGAAGCUGUACGACGCGCAGAAGAUGCGGGAGAAGGACGGGCAGGAAGAGGUCGACGAGCGGAAUGAGUGCGGCAUAUGCCUAGAAGACUUCGGUGACGAGCUAAAGCGGGCGGUCAUGGCGUGCGGCCACGCAAAGUAUUGCAAGGCCUGCUCGGAGGCUUACUUGAAGCUUCAGAAGCCGCCGUACAAGUGCCCAGUGGGGCAUAAGCUGCGCAACAAGAUGGCGCUGGAACUCUGUCUGUGAUAGAGUCGUUUGAAGGUCACGGCGAGGUUCAGCCGCCAGCUCCAUCGGUCGCGCGAGGAGUUUUAUACUCGUAGAUCGAGAUGGUGCGUUGUACUGUUGCUGAAGCAGAUCGUCCUGCAGCACAUUCGGAACAGAUCGCAAAGAGUGCGCCCUACUGCCCCAAAUCGCCAACGAGUCGAUCUCACAAUUGUGUUCGUCAAAAAGGUUUUCUGUAGUAAGGGCCCAUGCUGUACCGUACAGAGCAUGUUGUAAACAAAGUCAUGCACUGAGUAGUUUCAAGUCGUA